AUACAUAUCUUUUGCUGCUUUUUAUAUGCACAUACAUAUUCCAUGUACAACUAACUGUCCUUUCUCAUUUCUAUUCAUCUGCAAAUUUGCUUAAAGGAUCUCAACCCUAUUAUUGCAAUAAUUUAGAACACUCAGUCUUCAGUUCACUUUGUAUCUCCUUUUUCCCAUAUCAUAUGUAUAUUUCUUCAUAUAUAUAGAUGGAUAACGGGAUCGAGGCAAAGCUUAUUCGACAUGAAGAAGAGGAAGGUGACCUAAAACAAAGGAUAUGGGAUGAAUCCAAAAAGAUAUGGAGGGUUGCAUUGCCCGGUGUGAUAUCAAGGUUUUGUGCAUUCGGAACUCUUGUUGUCACCCAGUCGUUUAUGGGACACAUCAGUGACGUCGAUCUAGCUGGCUACGCACUCGUUCAGACACUUAGCGUCCGAUUCAUCAAUGGAAUACUUUUAGGAAUGUCAAGUGCAACCGAAACAUUAUGUGGACAAUCAUUUGGAGCAGGACAACAUCAUAUGAUGGGCAUUUACUUGCAACGAUCAUGGAUCGUUGACUUGACUACUUUGACGAUUUUUCUCCCAGUCUUUGUUUUCGGAACCCAAAUUUACAAACUCCUUGGUCAAGAAGAAUCAUUAGCAAGGAGUGGUGGAUACAUAUCGUUAUGGUUCAUUCCAUACAUCUACAGCUGCGUUUUUAGCUUGACGAUACAAAUGUAUCUACAGGCACAGUUAAAGAACAUGAUUAUUGCAUGGCUUUCGGUUUUCCAGUUUGCAAUACAUUUACCUUUGUCUCUGAUUCUUGUGUAUAAGCUGAACAUGGGGGUUGAUGGUGCGAUGAUUGCACUCUCGAUGUCUGCGUGGUUUCUUGUGAUUGGCGAGUUCAUAUUCAUUUUUGGUGGACGGUGUCCUAACUCAUGGAAAGGAUUCACAGUUGCUGCUUUUAGGGAUCUUGUUCCUCUUGUGAAGCUCUCAUUAUCCUCUGGUGUGAUGGUUUGUUUGGAGUUAUGGUACUAUGCCGUGCUAGUCUUACUUGCUGGAUACAUGGAAAACGCAGAGGUUGCAAUAUCCGCUUUCUCCAUUUGCCUCAACCUUGUUGCGUGGGAGUUCAUGAUAAGCAUUGCUUUCUUAGGUGCUGCAUGUGUUCGGGUGGCGAAUGAAUUGGGGAGAGGAAACGCGAAAGCAGUAAAGUUUUCAAUAAAAGUCUUGUUGGGGACUUCUUUGGCGAUAGGUGUUUUCUUCUUUAUACUUUGUUUGGCGUUGGGCAAAAAACUUGCAUACAUGUUUACAGACGACGAUAGAGUUGCAGAGUCUGUAUCCGAUCUUUCCUUACUUCUCUCAUUUUCGGUUCUGUUGAACAGCAUUUAUCCUGUACUCUCAGGGGUGGCUGUUGGAGCCGGUAUGCAGGCAGCAGUAGCGAUUGUUAACCUUGUCUGUUAUUAUGUGAUCGGUGUUCCAUUGGGAGCUUUGCUCGGAUAUUUAACAUCUCUUGAAGUUAAGGGUAUAUGGAUCGGAAUGAUUGGAGGCGUUUUAACGCAAACAAUUACGCUCGUAUACAUGACUUGGAGAACUGAUUGGGAUGCCCAGGUUACGAAGGCUUCAGAACGUCUUGCUCGAUUUUACUUGAAGUCGGAUGAGGAUUCCGAGCAAAUUACAAACGUGUCAUGAUCAAGAAACUUAUUCAUAUAAAUUCCAUUAUAUUAUUUUUCUAUAUUCCAAUGAUUUUGCAAAUGUUUUUUUUUUGGCUAUCUUUAUUAUUUUAAUUUCUUGUACUGAACACAAGAUAAAUUUAGUUACUGGCUCAUAAGUCAUAUCAUGAAGAA